AUGUGGACGAGCCUUGCUGCCAUCGUCUCCACCGCACGGGAGGAUGGCCGACUCGCUCCUCCUCCUGCUCAGCACAAGACGCUGGGGCGCUGGGUGACCCUGAUGCUCCUCCGAGGCGAUGACGGCGCAGCGGCGGCGGCGGUAGCACCAGCGCCGGCAGGGGAGGAGAACCCGAACCAAAACCAGGCUUUGGCGACCCUCGCCGACGGCGCGGGCCUGGCGGACAAGCUGGCCAACGUGAACGCGGCCAUGGCGGCCAUGGAGGCCGACGGGAUUCGUUGUCGCGGCUACAAGGCGGCCGAUGUGGUGGAGGGCAAGCCGGCGGCGUUGGCCGAGGUCGUGUGGCAGCUGAUGCUCCACUACCACUGCCGAUGGCGCCCAUCGGCCGAAGAGCUCGCCGCUCUCGCCUCUCCCAGUACUUCGUUGGGCGAAGGCACGGCGCCCAUGAGCCCGCAGCAGAGGACCAAGCUGUCAUUUGAGUGGGGCCUUCUCGUGUGGAUCCGGGGCCUGGUGCCUAAGGAGCUCAACGUGAAGGACCUCGCCUACGAGACGUGGCAGGACGGGAAGGCCAUGUGCUUUCUCGUGGACAAGCUAUGCGGGACCGAUAGCCCGAUCAACAUGCAGGAAGUCAUGAACUGCACGGACGGGGAGGAGAACCUGCAGCGGGCGUUUGCGGCGGCGGCGGACAAGCUCAAGAUCCCGCGGCUGCUCGACGAGGGCGACUUCUUCCUGGAGAAGGCCAAGGCCGCCCAGAACCUCAUCGACGAGCGCAGCCUCGUGGCCUACAUCACCUACUUCAAGAACCACCACGACAACGUGCCCUUCGAGUCCCUCUCUCCAUCGUACGACAUCUCUCCGUCUCUCUCUCUCUAUAUGUAUAUCAUAUUCAUAUGUCCAUAUAUGGCUGUGUGUACAUGCACAUAUGCGUAUAUAUAG